CGUGAAUUGAUUGCUCCUUCGUCCGUCCACUUUCACGAACGCAAGCCAAAAAGAGCGCGCAGCCAUUCAGCCAUCACUCACUCACCAUCCAUAUCCAUCCAUCCAUCCAGUCAGGUACUGGAGGCCACGCCAGGCAGACAGACACUCAGACAUUCAUUCAGCCACUCACUCGAACUCCUUCAUUCUGCAGACCAAACACAGGGAGAGUGAGAGAGAGAGAGAGAGAGAGAGAGGCGCAUUGUGGGUGUACGUGUGGUGUCGCACCUGGUUUUGAUGGCGGGCAGCUCCUUGUCGACGGUGUUGAUGAUCCACGCGCGGAUGGCCGGGUCGAGCUCCAGCUCAGCCUCUGCCCAUGCCUUGGAGUCCUCGAUGUGGUUGGCGAGAUUCUUCAUCAGCGCCACGUCUUGGUCACGGAGGCAAUCCUGAAUGAUGACGCAAUCAAGUGAAUGAUUAAUUGACUGACUGCUUCUUGUUCACUCACCCACUCACUCACUCACUCAUGCACUCACCUUGGGGAGGGCGAGCAGUGCUUUGAUCUGAUUCACAUCCACCUGCACAGCGACCAGCGCCUGCUGGUUGGGCGUGGGGAUGUGGGCAGGGCAAAGCAGGGAAAGCUCCUCCUCCAUCAAACGCUUCAGUUGCUCGUUCUGCAUGAUUCGCACCACACGACACCGCUGCACACCACAAUGCCGGCGUGUUGGAC